UUGAUGCAGGGAGCUAUAUAAUAAGUUUUCUUUAAUCAUCAUAACAUAGUUUCAGAUUUCCGACUCAAAAAGCUCUAAACUCUAAACUUCUUCUCUACAGCUCAAAAUAAUGGCUAACGACCGAGGUAGUAUCGCUUUCUUUGCUACCUAUAGACCCGCAGAGCCCCUCGACAUUUUCUCGAAUUACAAGGGCGACGAGCUUCAGCUCACGGACGGAUUGUCGUCGAAUUACAACGGCUAUAUGAUUCCCCGUGCUGCUCUCAAGAAAAUUAUGAGGCGCCCAAUAUUGGCCCGUGAAGUUAACGAGAAUGACGUCGAAUCGGGCAUGAUUUUUGUAUCGGAACGAGAAAAUAACCUCGAAACGCUUCACAUAUCUCUCCGCUUCAAGAACUCACCCGAAAUCAAAGUGUACAGUUUUUCUGAUGUUUACGGAAUGUUGAACAUAGUUCGCAUGGAAGACAGUGGCCGUAUAGCCGGUGACUAUCUCGUUUAUAUCUCCACCAUGGACGACUCGAAAGAUCGUCGACAGCCCUGGACCGUACUCUAUAAAACCAAUCUGGAAACGGCACAAACCGAACGCCUGACUCCAUCAUGGCAUGCUGAUUUAAGCCCGGCUGUAUCACCAUCUGGAGAUAUGGUAGCAGUCGCGACAUUCCAGCGAAGAGGCGGUUGGCACGGAGAGAUUGAAGAUCUUCGUACCGAUAUUUAUGUGAUGAACUUAGUGAAGCCCUUCAAACGCAGGCUAGUUGUAGCCAACGGUGGGUGGCCAACAUGGGGAAGUAAAGAAAUCAUAUUUUUUCAUCGCAAAGUUGGGAAAAAUUGGAAGGUUUUUCAAGCCAAUAUCAGCAAUGGUUUGGAACCCGUAUCCGUGACUCCGAAAGGAAUUGUUGAUGCCAUGACACCGGCGGCCAUAAGCGAAACAAAGGUUGUAGUGGCAGCCAUUUCUCCGACAUCAAAGUAUCGACAUAUUAAGAUUAUCGAUACCGGAAAAGAUGGACAACUCACAGAAAUCACUCUAAAAAAAACACCAACGGAAGACCACUUCAAUCCAUUCGUAAUUGAUGGUGCGGAACGCAUAGGCUACCAUCGUUGCAACCUCGACAAGCUUAAGGGCACUAAAAAUGAAGGUGAUAAUCCAAAGCAGUUUUACAAGCUAAAAUGUCCAGAUGAGGAUAUAGGAUUGUACAGGGUGUCCGGCGUGUUUCCGACAUUUUCAUCUGACUGCACGAAGCUUGCAUUUGUGGAUAAUGAAUUCACUACCGUUUGGGUAGUAGAACGGGGAGGGAAAGCUCGUAUUGUUUACCAGGAACGCGAUGGUGUACACGUGUUCUCGCCAGUUUGGAACCAAAAGGAGGACACACUAUAUAUAUGCAAGGGACCUUCUUUUGAAGCUGAUCAAGAAGUUGCAAUCUACGCCAUUUUUAAUGCAUCAAAGAUCAAAGGUGAAAAUGUCAAACCUACCCUUCUCACAAAAGCUGGCUCCAACAAUGCUUUCCCUUCCAGUAGUCCAGAUGGAAAAAGAUUAGUUUUUCGAACUAGAAGAGAAGAAAGUGGGAAGAAAAUAUACAAGAAGCUAUACAUAAUGGAAGAUGCAAAAAGAGGGGAGUAUAACGGAGGCAAAGCAAAAAGGCUCACAUCUGGGCCUGGGACCGACACUCAUUGUCAAUGGUCUCCAAGAGGAGAAUGGAUAGCUUUCUCAUCAACCCGCGACAAGCCGAAAGGUGCACCGAAAUCCGACAAUGAUCUUGACCCAGGUUAUUUUGGUGUAUAUCUCGUGCACGCGGAUAAGCCAGAAGUUGUCGUAAGAGUGAUAGGAAGCGGACCUGAUAUUUCAGGACAUGUGAACCAUCCAGUUUUUAGUCCAGACGGAAUGUGCAUUGCUGUGACUUCCGAUCUUGCUGGAGUGUCGGUUGAUCCGAUAUCUUUACCGUUCUUCGUGCACUCUGUGAGGCCUUACGGGGACAUUUUUGUUGUUCAUGUCGAUUGGGAAGCAAUACAGAACAACAAGGAUGUAAAAUUCAUCCGCGUCACCCAUAGUAGAUAUGAGAAUUCUACCCCUUCUUGGACCAUAAUAUCAUCUGAUCAAUUUGAAGAAAAUUGGAAAGAGAACUUGCUUGUAAAACCACGAUUAUGCCCAAUGUGUUAAUUAAUAGUUCAACACCUCAAA